UGUGUGAGUAAGCAGGUGGCGCGGGAGGCAGGAGCUCCAGGCUGCGGGGAGCGCCUAUCCCAGACCAACGCAGGCGUCCUCUGCAGCAGGUUACCUCCUCCUCCACCUUCUCCACCUCCUCCACCUCCUCCCUCCCGCCGCAGCUCCCAGGCAGGACCAAAGGGAGAGGAAGCCCGCAGCCGCACCGAGACCGGGAGAGACCCUGCCCGGCUCCCGGAAGGCCGCCUGACUGGCCCACUGCUCCCUGCCGGCUCAGCUGUGCGCGGCUUCCCGCAUCUGCCCACCAUUCCUUUCCCGGGCCACUCGGUCCGCGCUGCUGUUUAUUUUCUUGCUAUCAAUACUUGAUCAGAGGAAAGGAAAGUUUUAAAAAUGCCGAUUGCACAGUUGCUGGAACUAUGGAAAAAGAUAGAAGUGGAGCCCAUGGAAAUAGAGACCACUGAGGAGGAGCUCAGCCUGGAUGCAGAACCGACCACAGAAGACACCGUGGAAGAAGGCAAAGCUGAUGCGACUUCAGCUGAAACACAAGCGUCUGCCUCUGCAGAGGAAGAAGGCAUUGUGAAGGAGAUUGACAUCAGUCAUCAUGUAAAGGAGGGAUUUGAAAAGGCAGACCCUUCCCAGUUUGAACUGUUGAAGGUUUUAGGACAAGGAUCCUACGGAAAGGUGUUCCUGGUGAGGAAGGUCACAGGGUCUGAUGCUGGCCAGCUUUAUGCCAUGAAGGUCCUUAAGAAAGCCACCUUGAAAGUUCGGGACCGAGUCAGAUCAAAAAUGGAGAGAGACAUCCUGGCCGAAGUGAAUCAUCCUUUCAUUGUUAAGCUCCAUUAUGCCUUUCAGACAGAAGGAAAACUCUACCUGAUCCUGGACUUCCUGCGUGGGGGGGACCUCUUCACCAGGUUGUCCAAAGAGGUUAUGUUCACCGAGGAGGAUGUCAAGUUCUACCUGGCAGAGCUGGCCCUGGCUCUGGACCACCUGCAUGGCCUGGGGAUCAUCUACCGAGAUCUGAAGCCUGAGAACAUCCUGCUGGACGAAGAAGGGCACAUCAAGAUCACAGAUUUCGGCCUGAGCAAGGAGGCCAUCGACCAUGACAAGAGGGCCUACUCGUUCUGUGGGACCAUAGAAUACAUGGCGCCUGAGGUGGUGAAUCGGCGUGGACACACUCAGAGUGCCGACUGGUGGUCCUUUGGUGUGCUGAUGUUCGAGAUGCUCACUGGAUCCCUGCCAUUCCAGGGGAAGGACCGGAAGGAGACAAUGGCCCUCAUCCUCAAAGCCAAGCUGGGGAUGCCACAGUUCCUUAGCAUGGAGGCCCAGAGCUUGCUGAGAGCCCUCUUCAAGAGGAACCCCUGCAACCGACUGGGUGCUGGCAUUGAUGGAGUGGAGGAAAUUAAGCGUCAUCCUUUCUUUGUUACUAUUGACUGGAACAAGCUGUACCGGAAGGAAAUCAAGCCACCCUUCAAGCCCGCCGUGGGCAGGCCUGAGGACACCUUCCACUUCGAUCCUGAAUUCACCACACGGACACCCACAGACUCUCCUGGUGUUCCCCCAAGUGCCAAUGCACAUCACUUGUUCAGAGGAUUCAGUUUUGUGGCAACCAGCCUGGUCCAGGAACCCUCACAGCAAGACCUGAACAAGGCUCCUGUUCACCCGAUUGUGCAGCAGCUACAUGGAAACAAUAUCCACUUUACCGAUGGCUAUGAGAUCAAGGAGGACAUCGGGGUGGGCUCCUACUCGGUAUGCAAGCGAUGUGUGCAUAAAGCAACGGAUGCCGAGUACGCCGUGAAGAUCAUUGAUAAGAGUAAAAGAGAUCCCUCAGAAGAGAUCGAGAUCCUCCUGCGGUAUGGCCAGCACCCCAACAUCAUCACCCUCAAAGACGUGUAUGACGACGGCAAAUACGUGUACCUGGUGAUGGAGCUGAUGCGUGGUGGGGAGCUCCUGGACCGCAUCCUCCGGCAGCGGUGCUUCUCAGAGCGUGAGGCAAGCGAUGUGCUGUGUACCAUCACCAAGACCAUGGACUACCUGCAUUCCCAGGGGGUUGUGCACCGGGACCUGAAGCCCAGUAACAUUCUGUACAUGGAUGAAUCUGGAAACCCCGAAUCCAUCCGAAUCUGUGACUUUGGCUUCGCCAAGCAGCUGCGUGCCGAGAAUGGGCUGCUGAUGACCCCAUGCUAUACUGCGAACUUCGUGGCCCCUGAGGUCCUAAAGCGACAAGGCUAUGAUGCAGCAUGUGACGUCUGGAGCUUGGGCAUCCUGUUGUACACCAUGCUGGCAGGAUUUACCCCUUUUGCCAAUGGACCUGAUGAUACUCCUGAGGAGAUCUUGGCGAGGAUCGGCAGUGGGAAGUAUGCCCUCUCUGGAGGAAAUUGGGACUCCAUAUCUGAUGCAGCAAAAGAUGUUGUGUCCAAGAUGCUCCACGUGGACCCACAGCAGCGCCUCACGGCCAUUCAAGUGCUGAAGCACCCAUGGAUUGUCAACAGAGAGUUCCUGUCCCAGAGCCAGCUGAGCAGACAAGAUGUUCACCUAGUGAAGGGUGCAAUGGCAGCCACCUACUUUGCUUUAAACAGGACACCACAGGCCCCACGGCUGGAGCCUGUGCUGUCAUCCAGCCUGGCCCAGCGCAGAGGCAUGAAAAGACUCACAUCCACAAGGUUGUAGCAAUCAGCAGCACCUGGACGCCAGCCCCCGCUGUCCUGCCUGGCGCCCUCUCAGGCUCCCAGGCAUUGGACAUGGCCCCGCUCACAGGCACCAGAAGUGACCACAAGUCCAACUCAAAGGCAGAACUGGCCUUCACUGUCUCUGUGUUUCCUUCUUGGCCCCAAAGAGGGUCCUACAGUGAUCCUCAGAGUCUCCCUGUGCCGAACUUGCCGCCUGCUCUCUCCUUCACUCCCAAGUAAAACCAAAUGAAUGAAGUCAACUCACAUCACCAUGUCAGAGCCUGGGUUGCUCCUGGGGUCCUGGUCAGUCCAUAUGAUGGUGUAGAGUUAUAGGGAGUGAUUCUAGCCCUGAAGCCAGGAAUGUGGUCAGACUCCCAGUACAGGUGUUCUUAUUACUAUGGGAAGAAGGAUGCCGGUGUGGGAUCCUGUCAGGUAACUUCAGAGCCCCUCUGAGGAACUGGAUGCAUCAGGAUGUCCCAGUGUCUUGAUAGCCACACGAUUGGGUUGGCACAGAUUCAUUCAGGUUAGAGGUCUGUUCCUACCCAAAAUCAUCCAAAGAGCUGUCCUUUCACCUCUGGUCAUGAAGGAGGUGUUGGCUGCUUUCUCCUUCCCUGCCCCUGAUAUGUGAAAGCAGAGAGCCCAUGCAGAAGGCAGUCAUCCAGGUCUACACUUCAGUCCCAUUUCACAGGGGUCUGCAGCAGAGCCCUGGGAAGGAGCCUGGUGGAACCAGCACCACUCUGUCUAGGUUGUCCCUGCAGAGGCUGACCUGAUGUCCCCACCUCACUGGUGACAGAAGCAGCAGAGCUUUUUUGGAGAGCACUGGAUCUGAACAGGCCUCCAAGGUGAAGGCUUUGCUAUGUUCACUCCCUUCAUCAUUCUGGUCUGCAGAGAAGCUAUGAGGGUGGAAUGUAGAGCUUUGCCACCUCCCCAUCCCUACCUCUGUAGGACUGGAAAAAGGAGGGAGGCAUCAGUCCCAGCACUCACUCAUGGAGCAGGAGGGCUGGGUACACCAUCUACAGGAGAGAUGCACUUUGUAGAAGCUGUGGCUUAUGUUGUGUUUUGUGUUUCUGUUGCAUAGAUGUGUUUUUAAAUCAACAUUUCAUUUAUGCUGAUGUGGUGUGUGCACGAAAGUAUGUUACUUGUGAAGUAGAAUCGAGUGAGAACCUUCUUGAGUGGCAAGUCCAGCACAGCCCUCAAGGAUGCAUGUUUUCCAGCCUCCUUUAGGGAUACUGAGGAUGCCCCCAUCCUGCCCUAAACCAGGGGAUCACUGACCAGGCUGGACAUGGAAUGCUGUCACCUGUGGCUCACGGCUCCUGUUCCUGGCACCACUGAAGACUAUCCCCCUCUGCACCCUGUGUGAAUCCUGUGAACCCCUGUGGGUCACACCAGGCUUGCACCAAGAAUACCAUAGAUAUGUCAUUAUUUUCACCUCCAUCUUGGUUCACUACAGAACCUAACACCACACCCCCACAAAAGUGCUGCAUUCUGGAAAAUAACUCAGCUUGCUUUAAUUGUUUUCAGACCUUAAAAUAUAAACUUAUUUCACAGCUUUAAUUAUUCCAUGAGGCUACUUUUCAGAGAGAACUACAAAAAACUAAAAAAAAAUAGGGAGCAGAUACGUACCUGUCUUCAGAGGGCCUGCUAGGCAUUACACAUAUUUUCUCAGUGGAAAAUGCUUUUACCCAAGGCUAAAGUACUUUCCCAAUCACUUCACGAUUUAGGUCUGAAUUAUUUCAUUUAUUAUUAGAAACCUAGAAAAAUUGGAUAGUACGUAGGUCACAGAUUGCAUCUUCCUAGAAAUGAGCAAAAGUCAUUUAAAUCCUCUGCUACACAGGCAUGGCUUCAACCGUCAGCUGCCCGCAGCCCUUGCCUAGGUUGGUUGGUUUGUUUCCAGCCAGGAGGGGAAAGAAGGAGGGUGCAUCGCUGAGGAACGGUCAUCACACAGUAUCUGUGUGGGCUUCUAGAGCCGGCUCACCAAUAACGCCCACUUAACACACCUCACAUUCUGAACCACAAGCAUGCCAACAGGACGGAGGUGACCAUCAGCUGACUGUCCUUGACCUGUAUGUGAUGAGAGUCUGUAAGAUACCUCGAUUUUCCUGCCCCUACUCAGAGCACCACAAUACUUGAAGAAGUCCCCCACAGAAUAUGAGCCUAAAGAGGUUAUGAUAGAAGUAAUUUGAACUCAGCAUUUAAACAUCUUUAGUGAGACAGCAGGUGACUGCAAUUUAUAAGCAGUAGGGAGUACAAUACUGCAUAGCAUUAGUGUUUAUCUCCCUACCCGGUGACCCCUCCCUCCAUCGUGAAAGGCUCAGUCUGCUCACACAGGUGAUACAAACAUCUCAGGAAGCUCAGAAUCGUCCCUGCUCCCAGAUUCAUAGCCCCUUGGAAUCAUAAAACCAGAGAGUUUCUCAUGAGAAAACCUAGUUUGCACCAGGCUUCCUAACCCAAGGCUGAGUGGCCCUUUCUGGCCCCCUUCUAGGGCCAUCCUGCCUAGCAAACCCCAGUGCAGGAGGAGCACCCAGUUGGCCCCAUUGGAGGGAGAGCUUCGCCAGAUUCCAACCCCAAACUCAAAUGUGGGCAAGACACAAGGAUUUCACCUUGAUCCUAAGGUCAGAUUUGUGCAAGGUUUUUGUCUAGCCCUGUGUGUGCUGAUGUUUGGAAUAUUGUUCAGUGAGUAACAGUAGUACUUAAUGUUAUACAGUAUUGUGUGGCAAAUAGUGUUAUUCCUGGAAAUGCACAUGGGAUUUUUACCUUACGCUUUACCAAUUCUCUCAAGCACAGGAUAAAAUUUGUUUCAGGCUUCCGUCUCUGACAUGUUCGGUUGCCCCUCGCUUUUUCAAGAGUUGUAAAACUUCUAGCCUGGGAGAGGACACUACAAGUCCCUGAGUGGUAGGGAGAGGUGGAAGGUGCGACCCAGGGUGGCUUCAAAGCUCAGGAGGGGACUCCACGCACUUCCUGGUCGCCCUGCCCCACGCACUGCUCUGUCCCGCUCCUCUGACUUGGCACUUUGUUUACAAGCUCAGCAGUUGUGUUUACAGACCAUUUUCAUGUUUGUGCUUUGUAUUUCAUGUUUGAGACGGGCGGCCACUGUACAGAUAUUUAUUAUGCUUUCCAGACUUUCGGAAUAGAUUUUUUGAAUAAACAUGGAUUUUAUGAAGUGUAAUAU